UAGGCUUGCGCAGCUCGUGAGCGUCUGCUUCGCGACUUAUUUCGCGCAACAGUUUAGAUUGUACGCGCAUGAUAUUUCGCUCUGGGGAGAAUAAUUUCAUCAGCUGUGCACGCAUCCGUGCGGCGCUCGCGACGCUGCGAUCUUGAACGGCCUAAUAAUAUCAGUGUGCGUUGAGCUUUUUCGUUUUCAUUAAGCUUCAGUAGCUCGUCAAGAUGGGGUCACGAAAUGACCAGCCCGUGCAAACGGUCGAGCUUGACUCGACUGUUAAGCAUGAAACUCCUCGGUCGAAAGCAGCUGAUUUCGAAGAAGCAGUUGCUGCUACUGGAUACGGAAAGUUCCACUAUCUGUUGUAUUUGGCAAUAAUUCCGGCUUCAUGGUCGUCUUCUUUUGAUACAUCAACAACAUCGAUGAUAAUACCGUCGACAGAAUGUGAUUUGAAUCUAACGCUUUUUCAAAAAGGUGUACUCAAUGCUAUCGUUUAUGCAGGUAUGGUCAGUAGCGCUUUGAUGUGGGGUUUCAUAGCAGAUGCAUUUGGAAGAAAACCUAUAGUAUUCUAUGGCUACCUCAUAGAUGGCAUUUUAAAUGUUCUAAGUGGGUUCUCGCAAAGUUUUUAUGUCCUGGCUAUUUUUAAAUUUCUUUCCGGAUUUGUCGUUAGUGGGCCAUACGCUUCUGUCAUGACGUACUGUGCAGAAUUUCACUGUACAAAAGAUAGACCAAAAAUAACUAUGUUAGUUGGAGUUCUUAUAACAGCAGGAUCUAUUAUUGGUGCAAGCUUAGCAUUGCUUAUUAUUCCUCAAGACUGGUCGUUCAGUAUUGGUAAUUAUAUUAUACGUUCGUGGCAAAUCUAUUUGAUCUUUUGUGGAGUUCCUAUCUUGUUUGGAACAACGUGUCUAAGCUUUUUCCCAGAAAGUCCCAAAUUUCUCAUGAGUCAAGGCCGUAACGAUGAAGCUCUUGAAGUAUUUAAAACAAUUUAUUCUGUCAAUUCCGGCAAAUCUAAAGAGAGUUAUCCGAUACAAUUUCUAGAAAAUGAGACGGCUAAACAAUCCACUUUGGAGUCUAAUGAAACAUUAUUAAAACCCAAAAGCCUCAAAGAAUGCGUGCAUGAAGGAAUGUUACAAAUGAAGCCGUUGUUUAUGGGUUCUUUCUUUGCUCGUCUAAUGCUGGUUGUUACGAUUCAAUUUUGCGGCAUGUUGAGUACCAACACGAUUCGAUUAUGGCAGCCGCAACUUUUCGCCAUCUUAGCAGAAAGUGAUGCAAGUGACCUGAACUCCGAUUUUUCAUUUUGUAGCGUCAUCGACCAAUCUACUUUCACGCGAAUCAAUGAAAGUAUUACAAAAAGUAUUGUGAAUGCAAGUGUAGCUGUCGAAUGCAUACAGAAAACAGUGGAAAAUUCUGUAUACACAAACACGAUCAUAAUUUCAGCAUCUUCUUUAUUUUUCUGUGUCCUCGCGGGGAUACUUGUCAGCUUGAUCAACAAUAAACUCCUUUUGCUUAUAUCUUAUUCCGUUGCCAUCUGCUCUGUAUUGGCAUUGAACUGGACUGAUAGCGUAAUACUAACUUUGAUAGCAAUAAGUUUAUUUGUUGGUUGCUUAAGUGCAUCAGUUAAUUUAGUAAUCAGCAUAGUUGUUAAUCUCUUUCCUACGACAAUGAGAACAAUGGCUGUUAGUUUGACAAUGAUGACAGGUCGUAUCGGUUCUCUUAUUGGGAACAUAAUGUUUCCCAUAUUUUUAGAAUAUGGAUGUAUUGUAGCGUUAUUAUGUUUGACUGCGUUAGUUUCAGCAUCUUUUAUACUGACGAUAUUUAUUCCUAAACCUAAGGAAAACGUGAAAUGAGAAUUGCUAUUAGAAAAUACCAUUUUGUGAUACAAAGAGAUUAUAAUUGUAUGAUAACUGAAUAUUAUUGAUUGUAAUUUGUAGUCUUCUCUUAAGUUACAGUGUAAUGUUAAUGUAUAUGUGAAUAUUCGAUUCUCUAACGUACUAUAUUUAUAGCGAAAUGUUUGUGGUCACUUUUAUAUGUAUGAAUUGCAAUUUUUGAAUGGUAACACUGACAUAACAAAAGUAAUAAUGAUUGAAUAAACAUUCGAACGUAGGUAGUAUUACUAUAAAAAUAUUUUUAAAACAUUAUAUUUCUUAUGUUUUAAUACUAGAAAUCGCCGGUAGUGCCUUUGACAGUGUUAAUGUAUUAAUUAUAAGCUAGAAACAGUAUGACGGGUCAUAUGAAUAGUGAAAAGUAUUUGGGACUCAUUUGAUAAACUAUUUUAUGCGAUUGAAUCUGACGAUAUGCAAUUUUGAAAAACAUUUUGAACGAUGUUUGUUUCUAGCUUAAUGAUAAUGUUUCGACAUGCAGUGUCGAGUAUACAUAACGCUAAA